AUGAAGAUCCAGUGCGAUGUGUGUGACAAAGGAGAAGCAUCGGUCUUCUGUGUUGCAGAUGAGGCAGCUCUAUGCAAUACUUGCGACCACAGGGUCCACCAUGCUAAUAAGCUAGCAAGCAAGCACCACCGCUUCUCUCUUCUUCAGCCACCACCCAAACAAGCCCCUCUCUGCGAUAUCUGUCAGGAGAGAAGGGCCUUCUUGUUUUGCCAACAAGAUCGGGCUAUUUUAUGCAGAGAGUGUGAUAUUCCAAUACAUAAAGCAAACGAGCACACUGAAAAACACAACAGGUUCCUUCUCACAGGUGUCAAGCUCUCAGCAAAUUCUGCCCUUUAUGCACCAUCAGAAGCAGCAGCAGCAAUCUCUGCUAGUUCCUCUCUGACCAACGUUUCUGAUGCAGUUCCCACUUUCAACCCCCAGAGCACAGUUAUUAACAAGCCUGUUUCUAUUAGCCGCGAGAACGUUUUGCAGUUUAAUCCAACCCCUCGAACGAAUGCCUCGAAGGCUACCAGUACAACUUCAGCUAGUGCAAACACGGUAACUGCAGCAGCAGCUACAAAUGAGAAAGGUACUACUACCACCACCACCACUGCUAUGAAUGGACAAACGAUGAAUGGAUUGGAUACCAAUAAUAGUUCGACUCCCACAAGUAGCAUAGCUGAGUACUUGAUAGAGAUGCUGCCAGGAUGGCAUGUUGAAGACUUUCUUGAUUCCUCGUCUCCUUUUGGUUUCUGUAAGAGUACUGGUGAUGGUGAGAUGAUUCCAUUUUGGGAUGAAGGUCUUCAUAGCGAUCUGAGCUCGUUCCUGCCAGAAAAUACGGGUCUUUGGGUCCCGCAAGCUGCGCCUGUGCCCCUGCAUGCACAUCCUACUACUCAACCUCAAUGCUUUUCCACUUCCUCCGCAUCCAAUGUGGGUUUUGGUUUUGGUUUCGGUGGGCAUAUAGGUUCCAAAGACAUGAUCUCAAACAUCAAGUCCAGCAGAAAGCGGAAUGACGACAAUUCUUUUGCGGUUCCACAGAUCAGCCCACCUUCUUCUGCCUCCUCCAAGAGACUUAAAACGACUACUUUAUGGUAGACCGAACUCAUCCAAAUUUCAUCUCUUUAGACCCCAUCUCGAUGUGUCUCUCUUUUUCUUUUUCACCCCUAUCUAGCUUCGCUCGCUCAAGUGUCACGGUUUUGCAUUUUUUGUUUCCCUCUACCAUAUGGACAAGCAUAUUUCUCUCUCUCUCUUUUUUCUUUUUUUCCCUGUUGGAUCAUGAAUUUCUCUGAUCCAUGCUCCUCUCGAGCAACCAAUAUCGUCCAUAUGGAAUUAGGUUGUUUGAUGCGUAGAUCUUCUACGUGCCUGCUAUGCAGCUUUCGCGAUGUACUCGCAAGC